AUGAGUACAUUUGAAAAAAUCAAAUAAGACUUGGAUAUCAAAAUGUAAAAUCAAAGAGAAAAUAUUCUUAAAGUCUUAAAUGGCUAGUAAAAGGUAUUCAAUGCAACAGAAAGAAUAGCUUCCUAUACGUAAUUUUAUAUCUUUUAAAAUAGAGAUAUAUAUAAUUUUAUAGUUUAAGGUGAACCAUAAGGACUGAAAAUGUAUGAACUAUUUAAACAUUAUAAUGACAUUUUUUUAAAAAAAUCAGAGGAAAUAGCAAGAUAAAGCUAGAAAAUUGAGAAAAAUUUUUUAGAAGAAAUUCUGAAUUAAUAUUAGAUUUAUGAAACUCAUACAAGAAUUUUAUAAUGUUACUUUUCUUAUUUAGAUCGUUCAUUUGUUGAAAUUUCAAAUAAUAAUACUUAAUACCCUAAUUUGAAAUAAUAAGCAAGAAAACAAUUUCAUUAAUUAUUCUAUAGCAAAUUAUUUUCUUUAAUAAAAGAAGAAUUCAAAACAAAAUUAAAAUAGGAUAGAUAUUAAAUAGAUAAAGAAACAUAAUUAUAAUUAUAAAGAGUAUAUAAAAUCAUAUAUGAUAUGAAAACAUUUUAAGAUUAAUUUAAUAAAGAAUUAAUUUAAAAAGAAAUAAAAGAAGAUAGUUAAACUUAUUAUUAAUAAUAAUAUAAUACUUUUUAAACAUUAUCAUUUUUAGAUUAAAUAAAAUCAUUAGUUUAAUUUAAAUAAGAAGAAUUAAGUAGAAUUAAAUUAAUAUUUGGAUGUGAAUAAAGUGAUCUAUAAAAAGAAUUAAUUGAUUUAUUUAAUAAAUAUGUCAUCAAUAAUUAUGCCUAAGAAUUAUAUUCAGAUAAUAAUAAUGAUGCUUUAAAAAAUAUAAUAUUUUAAGAUUGUUAUGAAGUAUAAUAUCAUAAUAUAUAUAUUAGUAAUUUGGUUAAUUAGUAUAAUUUUUUGAUCAUUUUAAAAGUAAUACUCAUAUUUUUGUAAAGAAAUUUUAAGAAAUAAUAAUAUAAUAAGGUAUGGAAAUCAUUUAAGAAAGAUAAAAUAGAAUAAUUUAAACUAAAAUUAAAUAAGAAAAAGAGGAUCAAGUAAUUUAUAUUAUUAAUAUUAAUAGUAAAAUAAAUUUUUAGAAUAAUUAAUAUAAUUAUAAUAGUCUUAUAAGAAAUUAAUAUAAUAACAUGCAGAAAAUAAUCAAUUUUUAUUAGCCAAUUUACGUGUAGCUUUUGAAAUUAUAACAGCAAAUGCUGAUUAAUAUAUUAUUAUGGAAUCUCUAUUAUAAAAACUUCAUACUUUUACUAUUAAAAGAAUAGAUAUAUGUGAAGAAAAAUAAUUAAGUGAAGUUAUGCAAUUAUUAGAAUGUUUUUAAGCUAAAGAUUUAUUAUUAAAAAAUUAUUAAAAUAAAUUAGCAUAAAGAAUAUUAACACUUUUUGAUUAUCAUUCUGAUAUUGACAAAUUAAUAAUUGAUCAAUUUCGUAAGACUUUUGGACCUGAACAUACUAAAUAUUUAGAGUCAAUGAUUAAAGAUUAUGAAUAAUAAAAAAAUGAAGAAAAAAUAACAAUAUGUGAUAUUGAAAUUUAAGCUAAAAUUCUAUAAAAAGAAUAUUGGCCUGAAAUUAGACCAUAAAUUAAUUUAAUGAAUAUAUUAAUUUUGAAUUAAUUGAAAUCUGCAUAUAGAUAGAAAUUCAAUUCUUAAUAAGAAAAGAAUUAAUUGUAUAACUUAAUAUAAUAAUAUUUUAUAGAGUAGAUAUUAAUUGGUAAGAUCAAAUAUCCAUGAUAGAAUUAAUGUUCAGAACAAAUUAAGAAUAUAAAGUUAUAAUUGGAGUUGUAGGUGGUGCAAUCUUGUUAUAAUUUAAUGAAUAAAAUAUACCAUUAACUAGUGAACAAUUAUCAGUAAAAUUUAAUAAUUAAUAUAAGUUAUAAAUUGGAGUUAAUAACUAAUAUUUUUUAAAUCAAAUUAAAUUAUUAGAAAAUAGAAAGUUACUCAUUAAAGAUGGAUAGGCUUACAAAUUUAAUGAAGAUUUCUCUAAUCCUAAACUUAAAUUUAGAGUUGGAAUUAUAUUAGAAUCAUUUGUUGAAUAUUAAUGUAUAUAAAUUUUAUUUAGAAUUUAUAGAAGAAGAUAUUUAAGGGGAUAGAAAGAUUGCAAUUUAAGCAGCUAUAGUUAGAAUAAUGAAAGGUAAAAAGACUUUAACAUUUUAAUUAUUAAUUUAAUUAGUAAAAGAAUAAUUAAAGAUGUUUAAACCAAAAGAUUCAGAUAUAAAAGAUGUCAUAGAAAUUUUAAUGAAUCAAGAAUAUUUGAGAAGAAAUCAAUAAAACAUGAAUGAGUUAAUUUAUGUUAGUUGA